AUGACGACUUCCGGUGCUUCAUCUUCCCUCCCUUCCCCUCUACCAGCACCUACCACACUGUUCGCCCUUAUCCACGAGCUCCAUACCACCAUCAAUGACUCUAUCGACACAGCUCUAUCGUGGGAUCAGCUUCAAUCGCCACCUAUCAACUACACGUUAGUCAGGCCAAUCGUCCAACGCUUCGCACCGAAAGUUGACGAAGGUAGCAAGCCUACGGGUACUGCUACUCCUGCUUUAGCUGUACCUACAUCUCAAGAUGGUGGAGAGUCCGGGGUGCUCAAGAAGAUAGUGGGAGGGGACACAGAUGGGCCUAGCUUGGGAAUGGUGCUCUACGCUUUGAUGGCUAACAGGAUACAAUACGUUUCCCUCUCAGCUGGUGAUCUGAGCUAUGAGCCACUCCAAACUACCAGAGCGGCUUUCUGCGAACUACUUGCAAUCAAGAUCCUUCGCACGUUCCCACACCCCGAGGACGCAGCUUCCCUGGUCAGCGAGCUUGUGCGAGGAUACUGUGCUUUUGACGGUGCUCCCGAAGAAGUAUGGAACAGUAUGGGAGACGAUCGAGAAGAUAUCGAGGAGAUGGCAGGUAGUGCAUUGGAAUUGGCCAUAGUAUCUACAUCCAAGCAUUUCCUUUCCCUUCCACUCAUCCAGCAUCUGAUCAACCUCAUUUACACUGGUCAAUUGAUCUACUCACCUAUUUCCGCUCGAUCAAUCAUCACCGAUUCUUACAUCUCUGAACGAACUCGUCAACGAAGGAGACCGUCCCAUUCACAUGGAAUAGUGUCUACAUCUGGAUUCUCGUCUUAUGCAGGUCAGGAGCCGGAUGUACAUAUACAUGGAGGCAAGGAAGCUGAAGAAGAGCUGGCAGAAGUAUACGUGUAUAACCCUUACGAAGCUGGGUGGUUGGAUCAUCAAAGGUUGAAAGUGCCAAAAUGGAGGAAAACCAUGGAAGCUGGAAGUUUUGUCAUCCUGUUAGCUUUGUUCGUCUCCACUUUAGCUGCCAAGGAUCUACACCACAUUCAAGUCAUCGAAAUUAUCUAUAUCAUCUUCUCAUUCGGCUUCAUCUUAGAGGAGUUUGCUGCUUCGAAGGAGCAUGGCUGGGCUGUUUAUGCUGCUAAUGCUUGGAACGCCUUUGACAUGGCUUACAUAUCAAUAUUCCUCCUUUACUUCAUCCUUCGGAUUUUUGCUCUGGCGUCUCAUUCACCCAAUACAUCUGAUCUGGCCUUCGAUAUACUUGCUAUAGCUGCAUGUAUCAUCUUCCCUAGAUUGGUGUUCUUCGUAGUGAAAGAGAAUGUGGUGAUCUUGGCUCUACGAGGGAUGGUAGCUUCAUUCGUACAAUUUAUGAUAGUCACAGUACUUGCGUUCAGUGGUAUUUGCUUCUGUCUAUGGACCCUCGGACGAGCUACUUGGACAGUCAAGCAGAUCGUAUGGCUCAUGGCCCAAAUCUGGUUCGGUUCCUCUUACCUCGGCUUCUCCGCAAGCUCAUCUUUCCACCCCAUAUUCGGACCUCUAGUCCUGAUCUCCUAUGCGGCGCUGUGUAACGUAUUGCUUAUCACAAUGCUCAUCGCGAUUCUCUCCAACAAAUUCGCAGCGAUCAAUCAGAAUGCCCACGAAGAGCACUUGUUCCAAAGGGUGGUCAAGACAGUGGAAGGUGUCAAGUCAGAUGCUCUAUUCUCAUACCUUCCACCGAUUAAUAUAUUGGCCUUCGCGAUUCUUGUACCCCUAAGCUGGUUCUGCUCACCUAGAACGCUGCAUAGGAUCAACGUGUUCGCUAUCAGGCUUACCAGUUUCCCGAUCCUAAUUGCUAUCUCCGCAUACGAAAGGUACAAUUACCAUGCCCAGCAGAGAGCUAUACACCUGAAAACUUCGACUAUGGACAGGGUAAUGGAUGUACAACGACCCGGUCUAUUGGAUUCCUGGCUUACCGGCGGAUCAGAAAUGCUCAUCGCAUCAGUAUUUGAAGCCUUACCCAAUAUCCCCAUUACCUCACCAGGUUCAAGUGGAAUUGUUACACCUCCAAAAGCGUCCAACUUAGCUACCUUGCAGAAUGAAGAGGAUAAUGAUGUGAUCGAAAGAAUGAAAUCGCCCAAGAAGACGGAGAAAGAUAAGAAAGAUAAACGACAGUCUACCAAAACACCAUUCGAUUCUCCUCUAGCUAAGAUAUUCGGUACCCGAACUGAGUCUGUCGAGCGGUCCAAAGAUAAAGGGAAAAGAAAAGGUUCUGUCGAUGAUACCAACACCGUGAAUGGUAAUGGCAAUGCGACAAAUGAGGAGGUUGAUGCGUUAAAGAAAGAAUUAGAGGAAGUUAGGAAAAGUCAGUUUAGGAUGGAAGAAUUGUUGAAUAAAGUUUUGGCUGGGCCGAUAACGGGUGAAACGCAUUGA